CUUGAUUUCAUAUUACUUCCAUACUUACAAUUUUUUCCUCAUAAAUAUAGUAAUACCUAGAUGUAGGCUUACCUAUAAUUAUAUAUAAGGUACCUACCUACCUACCUACCUAGGUAUAUACCCAAGCUAUUAUGGCCGAAGCUCCGUUUCGACUGCUCUACCUUCCGGUGGAGUUGGUCUCUAACAUAUGCGCGUACUUCUUACCGGAUACCCUACCACCUUACCGGACCUUUCGAGACUAUGAUGCCGCGCGCAAAUCCGUUACCGAUCUAGUUAACUUGACUUUAGUAUGCAAAUCACUUAGCAUCAUCGCGGCGCCGGUCCUAGCCAGAUGUAAAGGACAUCCAUUUCAGGAGGGCAUCAUUCCCUACAUUUACACCAUUCUUCGAAAUCCGGAUGUAGCAUCCCACGAGACAACAUUUAGGCUGCGUCCCUCGGAUCAUAACGGCCUGCUUCAAAGUCGUCAUAUUCGGGCCUUUGAUGCAAGGGCACGAGCGCUAGUAGUUUUACCACCAAGUUCCUAUAGUAGCGACCUCAUUCAACAACAAAAUGUUGAUGCAAGAGACAACUCUAGAAUCCACGAGGGGCGUACGAAUCUGAUGUAUCUCUUGCUUGCGAGUCUCCCAAACCUAUCAUCUUAUUCUAUAUAUGGUACUUUAGAGCCCUUAUUUCCCAUAAACGCGCCGGUAUCGAGAUUUAAUGCCCUCAAACAUAUCAGGGUAGUGGGAUACUCGGACAUCCCUUCAAGCCUUGAUAUGGGCCACUUUAAACGUUACACCCAAUACUCGAGGAACGUCGAAGUAUUCGAGUUCGUGAACAUGGCGAUGUGUAACCGAAGCAUCCAUCUCGAUUCAGCUCGCAUCAUUCGCCUGUUAUCCUGCCGGAUUUCGAGCCAAAGCUUAAGAAACGCGGUCAGGAACUGCUCGUCGAACCUGAAAACCUUUGUGUUCCGCUCGGGUUAUUACAGCAUAUACUUGCAGCAAGGUGUACAUCCUGAAGAUGAUUGGAUGAAGCGGAGAUCAGACGCCUCCCCGUGGGAUAUCCUAUCUAACCUAAUGAUGAGCCCGUCAAGGGGAUCGUUAGAAACACUCGAGAUCGAUAUGCGCGAGCAUUUCUGUGCCAGGACCUGGGGUAUACAAGCAUAUCCAGCCCCCCCGGAGACACUGCUCGUAUAUAACUUCAUCAGGGCAUUAAAGUGCUUCUCAAGGAAUCUUCGAAACAUCACUCUCACGCAGCAGACCAUCUGGGAGCUUUGGUUCGACGCGUAUCCAGGGUUCAACAACGAAGGCAUCUUUUGCGACGAGAUGCGGCUAAUAGAAAUGCUGCCGCCCUCCAUCGAGUCCUUCGCGCUCUACGACGUCACACCCAAUUUCCUACAAUGCGUCUCUAAGUUCGCACAGCACGUAGGCAGCGGGGCGGGAUUGCAGAACCUGAAAAAGUUCACCUUGCGACCAUCACCAAAUUUCGCUAGACAGCUCACACAUGCGAGAAGUCACCAGGACCAUCCUGAUCUGCAGUUCUUUGACGAACAUGAUGCGUUCUGCUGUGUGGAUGAGACGCUCUUGGCUCACUGGGGACAAAUCAUGUUGAUGCUAAAGAGUAGUGGAGUGGAGGUUGAUUGCGUCCCUGAGGCGUACCCGCUUGACACUGAGGACCAGGAGGCUCUGCGGCGGCAGCGCGAGUUGCAGCACUGGUGCGAUAAGUGCCAUUUUGAUUCAUCUGUUUGUGUUGAACAGGUGGAGUGGCUUGGUGUCUAUGUGGAUUGAGCUUAUUGAAGGGUGUGAUUCCUCGGCCGCAUGUAUCCAGGCGGGUAGAGGGAGUUAGGCGUGUAUGGUGUUUUUGAGAAGGUUUUUGAUUUUCAUAUAUAGAUACCCAAGCGCACCAAGGUGCCAUGCUUAGUUGUUGUUUAAGAAAUGGUUUAGCUAAACGUAUCAUGGCUCGUGGUGUGCUUGAUAGGUGUGCUUGAUAGUAGUCGCUCGAAUGUAUUGCGGAACGGGGCAUAUAGGACUACGACAAAUAUUUGCUGUGUGUGAUGAAUACAUGGACUUGUAUCACAUGGUGAUGAUCAGGUAGUUAUUCGAUUUCAACUAUUGCCGGUUUGACAGCAAGAAAUGUUGCAAGUCUUAUUUCUCAGGUAUUCGACGUUAAUAUUGUUUCCCAGAGGCCCUGGUAGAAGAUAAGAUGCUGAUGGAAGAGGUGGGUGACGUGGAGAAGUUAUAGCUAGUUAGUUCUCCUCACGAAGUUAGAGUCAUCAGGCGUAAUUAUGGGAUUUAAACCCGUCGUGUUUGCUUACACUAAUUUGUCUGAUGUCUCAUAGGGAAGAGGACCAAAUACCAUCCGGUAGAAUCCUCCAGAAUAUUAGAAUAA